GUGACCCGCCACAUUACACUCACGUGACGCAUUUAAAGCGGGUUGUUUGAGUUUGGAUCACUUGCUGACACCAUGGGGGAUCAGUUCAUACGAGAAGUCCUCAGUCUGUGUUUGCAAAGGCUUGCUAUUGACGAAGCUUCUAACUCCGAGCUCGAGUUCAUUGAGGUGGUGAGGAACUUUGAAGCUGCCCGGAAGAAAUGGUUUCAUGUAGAGCUGGAGCUGAAAAAACAGAAGGAGCUCCUGGUAAAAUCUGAUGUGGCUCGAGCUGCUCUGGAGGUCAAACUCAAACAUGCUCGAAACCAGUUGGACGUUGAGAUCAAGAAGCGCUACAAAGCUGAAGCAGACUACCAGUGCCUGGAGCGGCAGAUGCAGUUGAUAUGUGACGUUCUGGUGCAUGACAGCAAGUCAAGUGCUUGUCUCAAUGAUGAGCAGAGGUCAAUGCUGACCAGCUUCAGUCACAAAGGAGCCAGUGUCCCACAGCACAGAGGAAAACGGUUAUCAGUGAUUGAUGAGUCCUCUUUCCUGUCGCACUCCGACAUUAGUUAUGACAGAACGGAUGAUGAUUUGGACUUGGACAACACUGCGUUUGUUAAGCCUCUCAAGUCAAGAGCUCGUGAGAGAAGACGUUCAUCAAUGGGCCCAAAUGUUGGUCCUCCGGUUCAGAAACGAGGCAGGUUAAGCGGGCGUUCAGGAGAUCUGCUGGGGGCUAGACCACUGGAGAAGGAUAUCGAGACGACGGUUGUGAAGGCGUCUGUUACUACCCCGGAGACUAGAGGUCAGAUUCACAUGGUAAUAGACAUAACCCAGGAGACUCCAGAAUAUCAGUCCAGGGCUUUCAGAAAUGAACAUUUUCUGUCUGUUGAUGAACAAACGUCUGUGUGGGCACACAGUGAAGUCACAGAGGAUGAAACGGUGGUUGAAAUGGAGGUGAGCGCCGCGGAGCCAGCCGUCCCUCAGGACCUCACUCCCGCCGUGGAGAAGACUUCGCAGCAUGUUUUCCAGCAAAAAACAGUGAUUCGUCCAGAGACAUGCGUGCCGUGUGGGAAGAGGAUUCGCUUUGGGAAGCUGGCCAUAAAAUGCAGAGACUGUCGAGUGGUGAGCCAUCCUGAGUGUAAACAGCUAUGUGUGGAGAGAUGCAGUCCUAAGGCUCACGGUUCAGCCCAGCCCAAUGAGGAGACUUUAGAGAGCUUUGCCCCCUCCACACGUCCAAAGAUUCCCUCUCUGAUUGUUCAGUGUGUUCACGAAAUUGAGAGAAGAGGACUUGAAGAGAAGGGUAUUUACAGAGUGCCUGGAGGAGAGCGGCAGGUGAAGGAGCUGAGGGAGAAAUACAUGUCCGGGAAAGGCCCGCCGAUGCUCCACAGAGUAGAAGAGGUUCAUGCUGUCUGUGGACUCCUCAAAGACUUUCUGAGGAAGCUCAAGGAGCCUCUCGUAACAUUUAAGCUUCACAGAACAUUUAUGGAAGCUUCUGAGAUGGCUGAUGAAGACAAGAGCGUAGAAACAUUAAUAAAGACGAUCAAAGACUUGCCGCAGCCGAACAAAGACACCUUGGCCUUCCUGAUGCUGCAUUUGCAGAGAGUAAUGCAGAGUCCGACGUGUCAGAUGGAUCAGAAUAACUUAUCCAGAGUGUUUGGGCCCACUGUCAUUGGUCACGGGUUGCUAGAACCUUCUCCCAUGACCAUUAUGAGAGACACAAACACCCAACCCAAAGUAGUAGCUCGGUUUUUGUCCUUCCCCUCAGAUUUCUGGGAAGGCCUUCUAGCUGAGAAGGAGGCUCCGCUCGUACCUCUUGUGGUGGACUCCAGUGUCUGUCCAAGCACUAGCAGAGGAACGGAUAAGCUAUUCAAACCUCUGACCUCUCCGGAGUUGAGUAAACACUCUAAAACUACAUCCAGUGGCUCAAUAAAGGGUCGGAUCAAGCACUUUGGUGGCACUUUUAAUAACCCAAGCAAACCAAAAAAUGAACCGGGAAAAAAGAAAUUCUUCACAUCCCCCAAAUGAUUUAUGUGUGUGGGGACACAGGGACACUUUGAACACUUUUUUUUUUUUUUUUUUUU